AAGCACAUCGACAACACACGGUCCAAGCACAUCGACACACACGAGCACAGAAGAGAAACGGGCACACGCAACUGAUCAAGGCAACCAAUAUUCACCGUCGGCAAUGGGCGACCUGAUCCCUGGGCUGCCGGAUGAAGUGGCCAGGGAGUGCCUCGUCCGGGUGGGCUUCGACCAGCUGCCGGUGGUGCGCCGCAUCUCGCGCCAGUGGAAGUCGGAGGUGGAGUCGCCGGACUACCACCGCCAGCGCCGGGCGGAGGGGCUGGCGCGCCCGGUGCUCGCGCUGGUCCAGGCGCAGCCGACAGCGCCGCCGGAUGACGACGACGACGCCGGCCCCGCGCACAAGCGCUCGACGGCGGCCAACUCGUACCGGCUGGUGCUGCUGGAACCGGCCGAGGGACGGUGGACGCCGCUGCCGCCCCCGCCUGGGCCAAGCCAGAGCCUGCCUCUGUUCUGCCAGGUGGCCGCCGCCGUGGACGGCGGCGGGCAGGGGAGGAAGAGGCUGCUGGUGGUGGUCGGCGGCUGGGACCCGGAGACGUGGGCGCCGACGGACGCGGUGCUCGUCUACGACUUCCUGUCGGGCGCGUGGCGGCGCGGCGCGCCCAUGCCCGGCCCGCGCAGGUCCUUCUUCGCCUGCGCGGCCGUGGGCGGCGCCGUGUACGUGGCCGGCGGCCACGACGCCGAGAAGAACGCGCUGCGCUCGGCGCUGGCCUACGACCCGGGCGCCGACGCGUGGGCGGGGCUCCCGGACAUGGCGGAGGAGCGCGACGAGCCGCGCGGGCUCUGCGUCGCCGGACGCUUCGUCGUCGUCGGCGGGUACCCGACGCGGGCGCAGGGCCGCUUCGUCGCCUCCGCGGAGUCCUUCGACCCGGCGGCGGCGGCGUCGCCCGCCUGGGGCUGGGCGCCCGUCCACGACCGCCUGCUGCCCGAGGACGGCGCGUGCCCGAGGACCUGCUGCGCCGCGCCGCGGUCCGUCGGCCGCAUGUACAUGCUCCGCGACGGGCACCUCGUGGCGCGCGACGGCGCCGCGGCGUGGCGCCCCGUGGCGCGGGUGCCAGACGACGCGCUCACCGCGCCGGCCGUCUCCGCCUUCCCUGACGGCCGCGUCGUGGUCGUUGGGUCCGGGUGCCACGGCGGGGACCAGACCGUGUACGUGCUCCGCGAGGAGGGCGGGAGACCUGCGUCCUGGUCGCGCGCGCCGCCGCCGCCGCCGGAGUUCGCCGGGCACGUGCAGGCCUCCUGCUUCCUUGAACUCUGAACUCUGAAGUGGAGGGUGUGUACCUACACGUACGUGGUGGCUGUGCAUACAUGACGGAACUACGCUACCGUACUUGUUGUGCCACUGCUGCAGUGCUGCUAGUCUGCUACUCAUCACGGUUGUAUAUACUUAGCAAAUAAAUCAUCACGGUUGUAUGUACUUAGCAAAUAAAGCAGCGGAACGGGAAUGAUGUUUAUUAAAGAACAUUUCCAGGCUA